AAAUAUUACAUUUGGCUCCAUAUAAUUACAACAGGUGUGGUUGUAAUGAUUUAGAAUGAAAGCUCCACAAUGAAGCAAAAUCAAUCAGAAAAUACGUGACACGACGCAGGAGUUGCCCACGGUAUUUCAGGCUCGAGCUUUUACUUUGUAGGCACGAUUAUAGUUUCCGGUAACCAUUAACAGAAAUUUAAGGUUUCUGUGCAGCGGUGCAGUCACAAACAAACGGUUGCUUGGUUGCCAGAAGACUCGAAUCUCCUCGCUGAAGAGAAAACAUGUUGACGUAGCUUUUGUGACACGUCGCUGAGAACCACCACCGGUAGAACCUCCGUAGAGAACGUGAAAUGAGCAGCCGAUGCUAAUGCUAAUGCUAACGCGAGUUCCAUUUAAAUUAAAAGGGACGACGGAGUGAGAGGAUGGGCGGUAGUAGCGAUGCUACUGUUUUAUGAGCCUCCUCGUCUUCAAAAUGAUUUGAUGGACAUCGUGGCUGAUGAGAAACGGGAAAUAAGCCUCCUCAUGUCUCCACUCCAUGCCAGCACCAGAAGCUGACAUGUCCGCCUAACACGCUCCCUCGUCGGCUGCCAACAUGUCCGCGGGGGCCAGUGAUGUUCUCACGGACGAAGACUGCGAGGUGCUGCCCGAGGAUGGCUCCUUAUACUCUAGCGAUUUGAAAAAGACACCAAAGAAGAGAUCAGGAAAGCCUCCUCCGCCCUUCAGGUCUCCGUACUUUUCCAGCCUGAAUAUGAAUGCCAGGAGAGGACCACCGGCGGCAGUGACAGCCUGGAGGCUCCCGAGGGCGUCUAUGUGCGACACCCCUGGGGAGACUGGCUCAGCUCGCCUGACGUCCCUCAGCAACCACCACGAUCAGAUAUCAGACUGGACUUUGACUCCGGAUUUUCCCAGACAUGCAUUACCCCCGAAGAAACAUCUUCAUUCUUCCUCCAACGGCGUCUGUGACUACAGAGAGAAGGAGGACAUCCAAAGUGAGCUUAUGCUCCUCAAGAAGAGUCUCCACGAGCAGAAGUCUGACAACCACAAAUUGAAAGCCAAAAUUCGCCGCCUUGAGGAAGACAAUGCCAAACGAGAGAAGCAGCUGGAAGAGCUCCUGGAUCCCACCAAUAAGUCGGAGUACACUCGCAGCUUGGUGGACAAGAAACAUGAAGGCAGUGUGGUUGCCAACGGGCUGAAGCAGAGAAUCCUGAAGCUGGAGCAGCAGUGUCGAGAGAAGGAGAACACCAUCGGAAAACUACAGAGCCAGCUGAGGGCCACCAACCUGGAGGAGAUGAGGAUGACCUUGAAAAACUAUUGUGGAGAGAUCCAAAGACUGAGGUUGCUUCUCGAAGCUUCAGAGAAAAGCGGUAUAUCAGACAAUAAAGUCUUCCGGAGGCAGCAGAAGGCGCUGAGUUCCACAGUUCUUCGUCUAUCAGAGAACCUCAAACAAAUUCAGCUGGAGAACGCCACGCUGAGGGAGGAGCUCGACACGGAGAGCCCUGCCGUCGGACUCAAAGGUUACAAGGAAUGGAGCAAGUACAGGCUGUUGAGAAGACUGCUGGAACUGGAGAGGAGGCUGGAAGAGAGCACCAGAAAUGCCAACAGGACCAUACAACAGUGGGACCAGGAGUGUCAGACCACGCCCCCUGCCGUUCUGCACCAGGCAUCUCAGACCACGGCCGCGAGGACCCUGGACCUGGCUGUUCAGACUACGCCCACCAAGACCAUCACCACGGGGACGACGACGGAAGCGGACGAGGCGCCCGAUCUGAGGGGAUGCGUCACCCAAUUGGAGGCGGAGAGGGCGGGGCUUCAGGAGUCGCUGUCAAGUAAAGAAGACGAGGUGCGACAGCUGAGGACUGAAAGAGUAGGGUGGGAAGAUGAACGGCAGCUGCACACUGAGGUAGUUGAACAACUGAAGAUGGAAAAAGAAGAGCUGGAGCAGAUGUUGGAACGCUGGAAAGCAGAGCAGACGAGCCAACGGGAAUUGGACCGACGGCGGCACGAAGAGGAAGUGCAACAGCUGAGGACGGAAAGAGAACGACUGGAGAAAGAGUGCCAACAACAACGGCAGCAGCAGGACGAGUACCAGAGUUUGCUUGGGCAGGAACCGAGGCAGCUAAGGGUCCAGGCGCUGGAGGAAAAACACGAGCCGUCUGACCCCGCCUUGGCUGCUGCCUCUCAGGAGGACGACGCCGACGACGAGGUGGAGGAAGAAGAUGAGGAGGAGGAGGAGGAGGGUGGAUGUGAGCGUCCGAGGUGGGAUGUAAACGUGAUCAACAGGAGGAAGUACAGAAGUGAGGCGGGGGAUUCCACACCACCGUGCCACAGCCAAGCGCUGGACGAGCUUUCCUUGACCGCCAUCCAAUCAGCAUUCAGGGGCCAUCUGGCUCGCAGUCAGCAUAUGACACACAGCUUGGGGUCCUUUGACUCGUCCGCAUCUGGAAACGUUCCGACGGAGCUCGCACCCAGAGGACAUCUGUCUGCGUCGGGACCAAACCCAGCAGGACCCGCACCCCAUACACACCAGACAGACACCCAAGACCCGUGGCCCGUCUCCGGGACGCCCCCUAAAGCGCAAGCAGAACUCCUGUGCACCGGCGAGCUGGACGCGGGAGACGACAUCCAUUCACAGGACUCGGAUGAUUCGGAUGACAUCAUUGUAGCCGAGUCCUACCCUCGGAGGAACAGAGAGACCAGGAUCUUGUGAUGGUGACGGGACUGGGAGCAGCACCAUGUUCCAACUUUGGACCUGAAGCUGCAGGACUUCCUGUCACGUUGGAUUUCUUUUUUUUUCUUUUUCUGCCGUAUCUUUUACCAAAGUGCCUAUAAGCUAGGUAUUGGAGUAGCUAGUACCGUACUACCGAACUGCUACCGCUACUUCGACUACUAUAGCAAUAAUGCACAGAGUGAGUGAGAGUGAGAAGAUGAGGGCGUCAUGGUGAGUCAUGUGACUUAGCCCGCUCUAUUGAAGGAAGUCCUCCUUGUCAAUGGUGGCUCUGCUCUACCAUCACAACAAUAAAAACACAUUUGCUGUGCUUAGUUUUUA